CAGACUUCAGUGUCACUCUGAGCCAAAAAGCUGCUCUCCAGGGUCUGUGUGACCAGCUCAGUCUUGAGAGAGAGAGAGAGAGAGAGAGAGAGAGAGAGAGAGAGAACUAAGCAACACCAUGGCUGAACAUAACACCAACAUGCGGCUGAAACUGCCAGUCAUGUGCAUCGUGUUGGAGGUCAUUCUCAUCAUCCUCUUUGGAGCAUUUGUGGAGUACCACCCCGAUGCUCAUGCCCGCGGCUGGCAUCAGUACGACGUGAACAACAAGACAAGUAAUCCCGACUACGAGAACGAAUUCUACUACCGCUAUCCCAGCUUCCAGGAUGUACACGUGAUGAUCUUCAUCGGUUUUGGAUUUCUUAUGACAUUUCUGCAGCGCUAUGGCUUUAGCAGUGUUGGAUUUAACUUCCUCAUUGCUUCAUUUUCACUGCAAUGGGCAACACUCAUGCAGGGUUUUCUUCAUGGCAUGCAUGACAGUAAGAUCGAGGUUGGAGUGGAGAGCAUGAUAAAUGCAGACUUCUGCACUGGCUCUGUGCUGAUCUCAUUCGGGGCGGUACUAGGGAAAACUAGCCCAGUCCAGCUGCUUGUAAUGGCUAUAUUUGAAGUCACACUGUUUGCCAUAAAUGAAUUCAUUCUCCUCUCUGUUUUUUAUGCAAAAGAUGCUGGAGGUUCCAUGACCAUCCAUACAUUCGGAGCAUACUUUGGUCUGAUGGUGGCACGAGUGCUAUACAGGGAAAACCUGGAGAAGAGCAAGAGCAGGAGCACCUCUGUCUACCACUCUGACCUCUUUGCUAUGAUUGGUACCAUCUACCUGUGGAUUUUCUGGCCCAGCUUCAACUCGGCCAUCACUGCUCAUGGAGAUGAUCAGCACCGCACUGCCCUCAACACAUACUACUCUCUGGCUGCCUGCACUCUUGCCACAUAUGCCUUCUCUGCUCUAGUCAAUCACGAGGGAAAACUCGACAUGGUGCAUAUUCAGAAUGCAGCAUUGGCUGGUGGUGUUGCUGUAGGAACUGCUGGUGAGAUGAUGCUGACUCCAUUUGGCUCCAUGAUUGUCGGAUUCUUGGCUGGAACAAUCUCAGUGCUGGGCUAUAAGUACCUCUCACCUGUUCUAGAGUCAAAGCUGAAGAUUCAAGACACAUGUGGUGUCCAUAACCUGCAUGGAAUGCCUGGGGUACUGGGUGCUGUUGUUGGGAUCCUCACGUCUGUGGCAGCAAGCAAGGAGGUUUAUGGCAAUGGGUUGGGAGAUGUGUUUGAGAAAAUUCAAAAUGGAAGAGAUUCCUCCACUCAAGCUGCAAUGCAAGCUGCCUCUCUCGGUGUGACACUGGGCAUGGCCCUGUUAGGCGGACUCAUCGUUGGGUUAAUUCUGAAGCUGCCUAUUUAUGGAGCCCCACCAGACACCUUGUGCUAUGAGGAUGCAAUCUACUGGGAGCUGCCAGGAGAAGAGUCAGGCAGUGAAGAGCUGGCUUCAGUGAAAAUACCAGACGAGUCAGAGAAACUCAAUGGUUAAAUUACACAUCUACCUUUUGUGUUUGUUUUGUGUGUUUAUAUGUGUGUGAGAAGGAGAGUGCAUGUGUGUACGUGUCUACUGAUUUACCUGCCUCAAUACACAGGAUAUAUGCUCACAACUGAGUAUGAGUGCUGUAUUAACUGUGCCUACUGCAGAGGUGUGACUUUUACACAGACCUUAAUAUGCAGAAUGAUGUGUAAAUGUAUGUAGUUUCAUUUAUUUGGUUAUCUUGAGUAACUCCUCAGAUUUGGAAAUUUGUAUGAAUUUGUUUAUGCUUAUUGGAGUGUUUUACAUAUAAAUCACAAAAUAUCUGGAGAAGAAAUCUGUAAAACAAUGCAAAACUUAAAAUUACAGAAAAAAAGCAGGGAAGGUACAUGGAAUGAAAAAAAUCUGAUGGAUACUGUUAGAUGUGUAUCCUACGGAGCCCCUCUGGUGAUGUCCUGUAGUGAUAAAAAAUAAUGUGUGGGAAUGAGAUGAGUGCCUACAGGAUGUCACCAACGGGGCUCAGUAGUAUCCAGGGUAUAAGUAUAGGAAAAUUUCACUUUAGACCAUUCAGUUUAAGUUCUGUGGCAUUUUCUUCAUCACAUCAUAUCCCUUAUCAUAAACAUUUAGCUGUAUGACAGAAAUGGGUUAACAUGACGCCUUAAUGAAAUGAGCGCUUCCUCUCUCCAACCACCAGAUGGUGCUACAGUACUGCUGAAUUCUACUGGUGUACGCUGUGAAUGAUAUUGGGCCAGAUCACUGAUUAGGAGUUUCAUGCUCAUCUCACGCUGCCUUUCCGGUGGUUGCAUUUGUAAGGCCACUGAGAAUAUUUUAAGAGCUAUAAGACAAACCGCGGGUUGUUGUUUUCUUCCCUACAGGCUGCACGGCUAUACAAGAAACAGCCUAUUGAUUCCAUUAAGAAAAUUCAACGGCCCAAAUGUAUAUAAAUUAUAUACAUGUUCAUGUCUUAAACAGAAUAUGAUGGUAGUUAAAUGCUUUCACUUUGUAACUCCUUAUGCUAUCAUUUCGUUUUUUAAAGUUUGUUUUCAGUCAUCUUCCCAUACCGUAAAAAGUGCUUUGUAGCCUUGGUAUAUUUCUACUAUGAACCAGUUCUUCUUCUAAAGCAUUAGUAAAACAGAAACACGAGGGAACCUUUAUAUACUCCUUCAAUAAAGUCUACUGGCAUUUA